AUGAAGUCCUGGGAAGAAAUACAAAACCUAGGGCUGUACCAGCUCACCAUGGACAUAAUCAUAAUGAUCCGCGUGUGCAAGAUGUUCCGCCAAGGCCUCAGGGGCUUCCGGGAGUAUCAGAUCAUCGAGCCUGUUCACCGGAAGCAACCUGUCUUCUCCUUCUGGGAUAAAAAGAAGCAAUGCCGGAUCUCGUUUGAUACCUUGGAAUUUGCUGCAGAGGAGGGGCACUUCCCUCCAAGGGCCAUUUAUAUCACCCAGAAGAAGCCAUCCUGGAGGACAGACCAGGAGAUCCAAGCGCUCUGCAACGUUCUUCAGGUUCUAGAUUGUUACCGCAACUACGCGGAGUCCCUGCAGCUGCUCCUGGCCAAGGUCAUGCGCUUUGAAAGGUUUGGUCGCAGGCGUGUGAUCGUCAAGAAGGGGCAGAGAGGCAAUAGCUUUUAUUUCAUCUAUCUGGGCACGGUCGCCGUGACCGAGGAUGAAGAUGGGAGCAGUGCCUUCCUGGACCCUCACCCAACGCUGCUGCACAAGGGUGGAUGUUUCGGGGAAAUGGGCCUUCUGAGUACUGCAGUAAGGAGGGCCACAGUGGUCUGCAUGGAGGAAACCGAGUUCCUGGUUGUCGACCGGGAGGAUUUCCUCGCGAAUAAGCUGGACGAUGAAGUUCAGAAGGAAACUCACUAUCGCUACAAUUUUUUUAGGAAGUUGGAUCUGUUCCAGUCCUGGUCUGAUGAGAAACUCUGGCAGCUGGUGGCCUUGGGGAGGAUAGAGAAGUUCUCCCAUGGACAGCUGGUGUCAAAAAACUUCGUGGAUUCGUCAUUUAUCAUAUUUAUCUGCAAGGGCAGCUGUGAGAUCCUGCGGAUGAUAGACCUGGGAGCCUCCAGUACCUAUUAUAAGUGGGUCUGGCAGCAGCUGGAUCUGUUGGACUACAAACCUCUGGGAGUUCACCGCGAGGUAAUCUCUCCUAGGGAGAGAUUUAAGGAAUUCCAGAUCAAAUCAUAUCCGCUACAAGACUUCAGCUAUUUGAAACUUCGGCGUCUCCAGGAAGUCAGAGGGCAAAAGGGAAAAACCUUCCACGGGAAGAUCAACUCAACAGAAAAUAGUCUCCCAAAGUUGCUGGGCCCGAAGGUCAGAUCUAGGUUUGGUCAUCCGGUCAAAUGUCCCAUGGCCAACACCAAGUUCGGUGAACUCCCCAGGGAUGCCAUAGUGGGGGUCUACAUGAAGGUGCACACUCUGAAGGAAGGCGACAUUGUGGGCACUCACCAGGCCUUUCUUCCAGAAAGUAUGCGUGACCUCCGACCUCUCAUCCUUUUGAGCAUGGGAACAGAGCUCAUACGGGUGAGAAAAGAAAAGUUCUGUGAGUUGAUUGAUGGGGAGACGAAAGAAAAGAUGAUAAAGAUGGACGUGGAUUAUCCCAGGUUUUUGGCAAGUUCCUUUGGCCUCUUCAAGCCCAUGGUUCACAUCUGUGAAAUGGGUUAG